UACCCCAUUGACAAAAAACAAUGAGCAAUCCACACGGCGUCGAUUAUAGUACGGCCACCAUUUCCUCCUUCAGAGGCGGAGGAGGUUCUUGGGACCUCGCCGCCGUCAAUCCCACCUUCUUUCCCUCUCCCGGAAUAGAGAACACGCCGCCGUGUUUCUCGGACAUGGACUCGGACGACUUGUCGACAGGGUACCUGGAGGAUGCUUUGUUUAACUACAACGCAAAGAGGAGGAAGAAGACGUUUUUACUGUUCGAUGAUGAUGAUCAAGGACCCACAGACUUGAAUAUUCUUUGGAGCUGCCUGGAUGAUGGCAAUAUAAAGCUGGAUUAUUGUUAUGAGAAUUACGAUAACCUGAGGGAGAUAAGCAAAUGUGAUCACAUUUCAGGAUUGCACCUUUUUCAUGAAAUUCAUCAACAUCAAAGACAAAAAAAAACAAAAAAAAUACAGAAUUAAAGAGAUAUGAAAAGGAAACCAGAUGCAGAAGCCAUCUCAGCUUUUGCAGCACACAGCGAUUCUUCUUUAUCUUCUUCCUCCAAAUGCUAUAACAAUAUACAGCCCCCACCUUCCGUGGACUCGCCGUCUUUUUCCGCCGCCGGAAGCGACGGAGUUCGGAGACCGAGGAAAAGGGCGACGGCGAAGUUGGUGUACCCGUUCGCGGUGGUGAAGCCGGGAGGGACGGAAGGGGACGUCACGCUGAACGACAUCAACGAGAGGAUUCUGAUGCCGCCGACAAGGCCAGUAAAGCAUCCGGUCGGAGACUUUGCUUGCCGACGGCGGAGUUCGCCGGUCGGAACUGGCUUGUCCGGCAAGGCCGUGGUGGCUUUAACUAGAAUUCAGACUCGGGGUAGAGGAACGAUCACUAUUAUGAGGACAAGAGGCUAACUAGCUGAAAUAAAGUUUUUUUUUUUUGUUUUUUCUUCUUCUAAUUUUAUACGGAGUACUACGUAUCUGAAAGAGAAAGAAAGAAUAAAAAAAAGAGUGGCCUGAACUGAAAUGGGUUCCGUUUCUAAGAAAAAUAUGUGGAACUGUUUGAAAAUAUGAAAUUUUAUUAACAGUUCGGUUCUUAUAAAUUAUUUUAUGGAACCGAUAAGGAACCGGAC